CUGGGACCGGUGGCAUACUCAGUGUGUCUCUCCACUUCAGCUGCUAGCUGCUAGUGGCCACCAUGAAGCUGCUCCUGCUCUUCGCCUUGGUGGCCCUGUCCCAGUGCCAUGUCCAUAGGGUCUCUCUGAAGAAGAUGAAGUCCCUGCGGCAGUCCCUGAAGGAACAUGGCUUGCUGGACCGCUACCUGAAGCAGCACCCCUACAACCUGGCCACCAAGUACUUCCCCAGCGACACCUCCGCCGAGCCCCUGCAGAACUACAUGGACAAUGAGUACUACGGCACCAUCUCCAUCGGUACUCCAGGCCAAGAGUUCACCGUUAUCUUUGACACUGGCUCCUCCAACCUGUGGGUGCCCUCGGUGUACUGCUCCAGCAUGGCGUGCAGCAACCACAACCGCUUCAACCCAGCGGAGUCCUCCACCUACGUCGGCACCAAUGAAAGCGUCGACAUCGUCUAUGGCACUGGCAGCAUGACUGGCGUCCUGGGCUAUGACACCGUCACCGUUGCAAGCAUUGAGGUUGUCAACCAGAUCUUCGGGCUGACUGAGACCGAGCCGGGAGAUUUCUUCUACUACAGCCCCUUUGAUGGUAUCCUGGGUCUGGCUUUCCCAAGCAUCGCCUCCUCCGGGGCCACCCCCGUCUUUGACAACAUGAUGAGCGAAGGCCUGGUGGCCAAGGACCUCUUCUCUGUCUACCUCAGCAGGGAUGGGCAGAGCGGCAGCUUCGUCCUCUUCGGCGCCAUUGACCCCUACUACACCACCAACGGCAUCAGCUGGAUCCCCCUCUCCGCUGAAACCUACUGGCAGAUCACCAUGGACAGUGUCUCCAUCGGCGGGGAGACCGCUGCCUGCCCCUCUGGCUGCCAGGCCAUCGUGGACACGGGCACCUCGCUGCUGGCCGUGCCCUCCACAGCCCUCAACAACAUCCUUAGCGUCCUCGGUGCCAGCUCCAACGGCGAGGUCAGCUGCAGCGCUGUCAGCAGUCUGCCCGACAUCGUCUUCAACAUCAACGGCGAAGCCUUCCCUGUGCCAGCCAGCGCCUACGUGAUACAGAGCGAGGGGACCUGCAUCCUCGGUUUACAAGGCAUGAAUCUUCCCUCCCAAUCGGGUGAGCUCUGGAUCCUGGGGGAUGUCUUCAUCCGCGAGUACUACGUCAUCUUCAACAGGGCCAACAACAUGGUGGGGCUGUCCCCCCUGUCCUGAGCACGCCUCCAUCUUGGGGACAGGGACAGGCUGCCCUAGCGUCCCCAGCUUGGUGGCUGGCAGGGCUGACCUUUGCCCCGCGCUCGCAUCCCCUUUUGCCAUGACCACUGAGUCCAA